GGGGGCCGCCGGGCAGCGGCGUCAGCGGAAGGAGCCGGAAGGAGCCGCCACCUCCGCAGCGACAGCGGCCGGGGCGGCGGGAGAGGCGGGAGAGGUUGAAUAUCCUGAUGAGUAACUUGUUGUCUUGGAGCAUGGUGGAGCUCACACGAUCACACCUUCUCAGAAAUGAUGUCCUGAGGUUCCCUUGGUGAGCAAAACUUACUGGACACCUGUAAAUGGAAGAGAAUGGAAUCCCUUUGGGGCAGCACUGCGUGAGGGACUGUGAGCACUGCAGAUCUCCCUCUCACCAGCACCCCAUGGUAGAUCUAGCAGGGAAGGAGAUGGAUAACCCCACGUUUAAAAGUGACACGGUGCUGUCUGAUGUUCACCUGCACUGCCCAAGCAAAAGACACCUCAUGGUGCGACUGAACGCAGUUGGACAGCCAGUAUUCCUGUCGUAUUUCAAACUCCUUUGGAGCACAGAAGAUUUAGCAUCUGGGAAACACGUGAGAGAAAUCACCACGGGAGGAGAACACCAGUGCAGAAGUGGAGAUGAACUGUGUGACAAGGACAGGAGUAACAUAAAAAAAGAAGGAGAAUUAAAUAGUGAAGGAGUAGAAGCUCUGCUAGAUGAUGAUGGAGACUUGGAAGUGGUCAGAAGACCUCGCAGAGCCUCUGAUUUGCAAGCAGAGGAUCUUUUGAGGGAUAUAGUGUGCCCUGUAAUUCUGAUGAAAGGGAAAGAAGAUGCUUUUGAAGAUGAAGAGUGGGAGCGCACUUGCAGUGAUGUUGUUAAAAUAGAACACACCAUGGCAACCCCCUUAGAAGACGUUGGUAAACAAGUCUGGCGUGCUGCCUUCCUUCUGGCUGAUUACAUUCUCUUUAAAAGGGACACGUUCAGGGGUUGCUCUGUGCUGGAGCUCGGAGGUGGCACUGGAAUUGCCAGCAUUAUCAUGGGAACAGUUGCCAAGAGAGUUUAUUGCACAGAUGUUGGUGAAGAUCUUCUGGCCAUGUGUGAGCAAAAUGUUGCAUUAAACAAACACCUGAUGGAGUCAGGAGGAGGGGAAAUUAAAGUGAAAGAACUGGACUGGAUGAAAGAUGAAUUCUGCACUGAUCCUGAAGCUCCUUAUAGCUGGUCUGACGAGGAGAUUGCUGAUCUGCUUGAUCACUGUUCUGUGAUAAUGGCAGCUGAUGUGUUCUAUGAUGAUGACCUGACAGAUGCCUUGUUCAGAACUCUGUAUAGAAUCACACACAACUUGAGAAAUUCUGGCACAGUUUACUUAGCACUGGAAAAGAGGCUGAACUUCACUUUAAGACAUAUGGAUGUUACAUGUGAAGCCUACAGCCACUUUAGAAAUACUCUAAAUGAUUUGGAGAACCUUCAAGAUGGAAAAAUGAAAUAUACAGUGGAGCCCAUUAAGCUUGAUUUCUGUCAGUUCCUUGUUUAUGAGCGAAUUGAGCAGUUGGAAUUGUGGAAGAUCAUGGCUGAACACCUAACGUGACAGGCUGAUGAGAAAAGAGAAAAUCUUUACCUAAGGAGAAGGGCUAUUUUGAUGUUUUGUUAAGAUAAGGAUUUUCAUCCCAAGAAAAGCCUCUUCCUGGAGGAAUUAUGUUCUUGGAAAGUAUUGCAAUAGAGUUUUGCUUUACUUUUUUGGUUUUGGCACUUUGUUUUUUGGACUUGUGUGCUUGAACAUGAUUUCUUUGAUGUUUCUGAGCACCUGCUGGAUGCCAGACAGUGGCAGUGACACGGUGACUUGCUCUUUGGGAUUGAUGACUUCACUUUUAGAGUCUGGCAAAAAAGCAUUUAACCUUUUCCAUGUGGCUGAUUUGCAGAUGUUGUGCAUUUCCCUUUUUAGUUUACUCAACAUGGACACAGUUCUCAGUCUUAUCCCAGUUCCACACAUUAUUUGUAGUUAUGGACACUUGUGAAAUAAUGUUCUGGACAAGACUUGUUUGUCAUGAAUGAAAUUUUAUGUAAGAAAUUUGUUUAUGAAACUUGGCCCCUAAUUCUCAGUUUGUCCUAUGUAAACCACUCUAGUUUAGGGCCACUGUCUGAAUUGAAAGGAGACAAGAUGCAUUUUGUUUGAGCCUCUAAAAAUACUCCACAGAGGUUUUGGAGUACAGGAGGUCAACCCUAUAUUGUCCUGCAGGAGUUUUAAACUAUUCUGUCCUAGGCAGGUUGAGGGUGAGAAGGUCCCACAUAAAGGGAGAUGUUACAGCUCUUGAAAUAUUUGCAAUUCUACCCUCAGCAUAUACAUGUGAUGCUGGGGGUAGGGAAAUGGCCAAGGAUGUCUUACCCACACAAAAGGGGGCCUCCCAUAUCUUACUUUUGGAUUAAAAUAAAACAUAUUUAUUAAAUUUUUCCUGUUUAUUAAUGAAACCAAAAAUCUACUCAUACUUUUAUAAAUGUUAUGUGACUGUUGUGUUUAUAUCACUUUGCCAUAUGUACACUGCCAUGGAAAUCCUUGUGCCCACUGCAUUCCUCAGCACCAGGAGAGUGUCAGUGAUGGAGCUGGAGUUGAAGACAUCCCUUGGUGGGAUAGAUUCUGUGUAUUUGUCAUUGCUGGGUGUUCUCAAGUGUAGGUGGCUAUUUGCAGGCCAUCCUUGUAGCUCCAUCUGCUGUACAACACUUUGAGUCAAAACAUUUUACAGUUUCUUCAACACCCUGUUCCUUUCUAGUUUGACAAUAUUGUAUUUUGGAGUAACAGUUUAGGUGGCGUGCGUGGUUCUGCACUUCUCACCUAGACCUGCAGAUGAAGUUACAGUGGAAAUAAUCCUGAAAAAGAUGGUGUUUAAUUGCCUUCUUUUUGACUUUAGUUUUGUCUCCAGUAGUUUGAGGUUUUCAGGAAACAUUCCAGGAAAAAGUGGAUAUACUUUGUGCUUGUGUGUGGUGGGGACUUCUCUUUCCUUAGAAGAUGAGGACUUAAACUGGAUCUCAAAGUUUUAUAGAAGAUAGUUAUCAUGAGAUUGUCUGUUCAUUAACUCGACUGUUUGUGGACUUCUACAUCCACCACUAGUUCCAGUCCUUUUCUGUUUGCACCAGAGGAAUAAGAGCUUUGUCCCUGGCAAUUGCAUUUCUGCGUUUUAUUUUGUUUGCUUGGUUUUUUUUUUCAUUCUGGUAGGCAACAUCUUAAAACUUAGAGAAAUAAUUUUGUGUGUCUGAGAUUUCUACUUGCUGAGCAUAUUUUGUGUUCCAGUUGUAUAUUUUCCCCUUCCAUAGUGUUGGUUAUACCGGUUUUGCAAUCUGAAUUCUGAUGGUUUUGAUUCCCAGGAAACCUAAUUGCAAGUGUACUUCUGGACUGGAUCAAUGAGACCUAAUCCAACUCCUGUGAUCCACUCAGGGCCAUCAGGGGGAUCUGUUGCUGGGAGUAUAAAGAGAGAGCAGACCAGCUAUUUUGAUGGCAGUGAAUAUCUGGGUCCACUUUGGAGUUAUGUGUAACUGUGCUCCCAGUGUGGCAGUGCAGGGUGUAUUAGCAAAGCUGAUUUUCCUUGGUCCUGUGCCUGAAACCACAUUGCCUGGAGUCAGACUGCCACGAGUGUGACAGCCAAAUGCUGCUGCUGAUUUUAAAGACAGUUUUUGGUGCUGAGUGUUGGGUACAGAGAAGUGAAGACUGUUUCUGAAAAGUGUGUGCUGAAUUCCUGUCUGCUUGUUAUGGCAUGGCAAGCAGAGCAGCCUGUCUCAAGCUUGCAGAGAUUUUUCAGUCUACAAGUACAUUGAGAAUUCUUCAUUUAAUGCUUAGCAGCUUGUCUUUAAAAUGCAGUUCACCUCCUGAGUGUGAUCAUGGUAUUUGUAACCUGAACACUUUGGAGGUUCAAGUGAAGUGAAGUAGGAUUUGAAAAUGAGCUGCUACUUCUUGCUGCCAGACUGUCAUGCUGUGAUAUUGGUCCAGAGGUUUGUGUUCUUUUACAGACUCAUCUUGACCCUGACUUUUUGUGUGUCCUUUGCAUCUGUGCUGGAAGUUGGUGCAUUAAGAGAAUAAAGCUUCCUCUUGAGAAAUAACUGCCU